GCUGACCACCAACAUAUUCCUGUUGCCAUCCCAUGAUUCCAACCACCAGACCACUCGGACCUAUACUCACACCAGCAGCGAAAUGCAGGAAACUCCCAUUGGAGAGAGCCACGAGAAGAGUACUAGUAUUGGCUUGGGUUUUGCUCUGCGACACAUUAAUAUGUCAGCCAGAGAUAGACAAUAUUUAACCUUUCCUGGAGAGAUGAUGAUGAGAAUCCUGCAGAUGUUGGUUCUUCCUCUCAUCAUUUCCAGUCUGAUUACAGGAAUGUCAUCUGUGGAGAAGAGGGCUUAUGGGAAAAUUGGACUAAGGGCCUUCACUUAUUACAUGAUCACUACACUUAUUGCUGCGUUCACUGGCAUUGCCCUUGCCCUUUUUAUCCAACCAGGAAAAUCAUCCGGGACUGUCUCAGUGUCCUCUGGUGGUAAUGCAGAGGCUGUGCAGACUGUGGAUUCCUUUCUAGAUCUAAUCAGAAAUAUGAUUCCCUCAAAUCUAGUGGAAGCGUGUUUCAGAAAGUAUAAAACAAUUUAUUCCGGGAGUGUUUCUACAGGAAAGACUUGUGGUGUCAACAAUGUGACUGAGACCAGCGAAAACAAUCACAGAGUACCAGUACCAAGCACCUCAAAUGGAGUCAAUAUAUUGGGUCUGUUGGUCUUCUCUGUUGCCUUUGGCCUCAUCUUGGGCAGUAUGGAUACUGAGGGAAAACCUCUAAAGGAUUUCUUUGACUGCCUGAAUAAAGCCAUUAUGCAGCUGGUCAACAUGGUCAUCUGGUAUUGUCCAGUGGGAAUCCUCUUCCUGCUGGCAGGACAGAUUGUGAAGAUGACAGACACUGGAAAGAUAGGUCGCGAAGUUGCCAUGUAUACUCUCACUGUGAUCACUGGCCUGCUAAUCCACAGUCUCUUGACUCUGCCCCUCAUCUAUUUAAUGGUCACACGUAAGAAUCCCUUUAGGUUUAUGGGCGGUCUACUCCAGGCUCUCACCACCGCCUUUGGGACUUCAUCCAGCUCUGCAACCCUACCUGUUACCUUAAACUGUAUGGAGGAAAAUCACAACAUGGACAAACAAGUGACCCGCUUCAUGCUCCCUGUUGGGGCCACAAUGAACAUGGAUGGUGCAGCGCUCUAUGAAGCUGUGGCUGCUUUAUUCAUUGCCCAGGUUAAUAAUAUGGAGUUUAACCUGGGUCAAGUCAUUGUCCUCAGUUUGAUUGUCACAGCUGCGAGUACUGGUGCGGCCGGCAUCCCACAGGCUGGCAUGGUUUCUAUGGUGAUUGUGUUGUCAUCAGCUGGGCUGCCCACUGAAGACAUCUCACUGCUCAUGAUUGUUGAUUGGAUUCUGGAUCGUCUAAGGACUGCCACCAAUGUGCUGGGUGACUGUAUCGGUGUGGGUGUAGUGCAGCAUCUGUCCAGACAUGAACUACAGAGUGUUCAGUUCCGAGCUUCAUGAGGCUUGAUAGCAUCCCUUUCCAGUGGCCAAGACUCAUGUGAUAUGUUAUUGUUGAACUACACCAAAAUUGUUAAUUAAUGAGAUUAAUUUUACUAGCCAGUAUACAGUUGUAGCAGUUGUAGUUCAUACUUAUUUAGCUUACAAUAUAGACAGUUAUCCCCAGGAACAUGUUCUGGCUAAUCAAAACAGUGAAAAAACUCUGUGACUUGCAAUUGUUUUUGGAACAGAGGUUAGGAGUGGGGAUUAACUGCCCCCGCUCCUGCUGGUGGAGUGAUACAUUUUGGAGACAUAACCUUCAGUACUUGAGGAGCAGGAGGAGUUAACAGCACACUUUCUGCAGUGUUGCAGUUUAAUCUCGAAUUGUUAUAGGCUGACAGUAUUUGUAAAUAGAAUAAACAUAAUAUUAAUUAAAAUAACCAAUGUUUUGCAUGUA